GAUUCUCGCCAUCAAUCGAUCUAGAACGUGUGUACAGUUCUUAGCCGUUUUUCGAUCAUCCUCUGUAAUACGUUUAUUAUAAUUUAUAGUUACCUAUCGUUUGUUUCAACGUCAAGAAAAAUGUUGUCCAAGGUUAUUGUCGGUUCUUGCGUCCUGUUGUACGUCAGUUUUACGGUCCAAUCGUAUCCUCAAGGUUACGGCGGCGGUGGCGGACACGACGACGACGACCACGUGGACUACUAUGCUCAUCCAAAGUACUCUUACAAGUACGGCGUACAGGACCCGCAUACAGGCGACUACAAGACCGCGCACGAGUACAGAGAUGGCGAUGUGGUAAAGGGCUCGUACAGCGUGCAUGAUCCCGAUGGUACUCUGAGGACCGUCGAGUACGUGGCCGACAAGGAAAACGGUUUUAACGCGGUCGUCCACAAUUCCGGUCACGCCAACCAUCCAGACCACUACGAACACUAUUAAACAGCCAAAGAUGAUCUACUCCGAGGUAAUUAUAUGGUUUAUAACUUCCGAUAACUAUACUCAUUUUCCAACAUAAAGGACACAGGAAAACAAUUUAUUAUAUAACAGUCUAGUCUUUAAUUUAACAUAUUUGCUUUGACAUAUUUGUCAG